AUGGCAUUGGGGCCUACUCUUGGCACCGGUCUGUUCGUCGGCGCCGGGCAGGCGCUGGCCAUUGGUGGCCCAGCAUCGCUACUCAUGUCCUACACAUUCUUAUCGCUCCUUGACCUACUUCAUGUCACGAAUGGCUUCCGAUACAUGACAGACAGUAUGGGUUUUGCCGCUGGAAUCCUACGCUGGUACACGUUAGCGAUGUUCGUCCCCUACGAGAUUACAACUGCGAUGGUGAAUCUCGGCUUGUGGAAUCCCGGCUCAACCAUUGCAUUGCGAACGCUGCUCAUCAUGACUAUCGUUGUGGGAUCCAACUUCACGCCCGAGAGACACUUUCGAGCCUCGGAGCGGCUCUUCACUAGAGUCAAAAUCGGCACGAUUGCGUGUCUCCUCGCCUUGUCGCUUUCGAUUGGCUUUGGAGGCGCGUCGGGACAUGCCAAUUGGGGGUUUGAAUACUGGAGAAAACCUGGGGCCAUGCAUGAAUACUUAUUCCCCGGGUCUCUGGGAAGAUUCUGGGGCUUGCUCCAGUGUGUCUUGCACAGCUCUAUCGCUUUCACGUUCGCCCCCGAAAUCAUUGUCCACCGAGCUGAGACGGUUGAGUUGGUUCACACCGAGAUUGGCGAGGUGCUAGACCCGACCGUCCAAGCCAAUUUCCCCAGCAAGGUUGCAUUCGAUGUGGCCACAACUACGUUCCCGUAUAUCCUGAGCUCCCUGGCGAUGGGAAUCAUGGCCCCAUACAAUGAUCCGUUGCUGACAAACAAUGGAGCUGGAGCUGGUCUUUCGCCCUUUAUCAUUGGGAUGAACACCGCGCGUAUCCGCAUUGUCCCCGUCACCGCAACGCUGGCCAUUCUGGUUUCGUCUGUUGCUUCGGCUCGAUCGUUCUUAUUCCUCGCUUCACGAGCACUAUGUGCAAUGUCUGAGCUUGGGCAUGUUUAUCGGGUUCUCAAAGUGCGCAACCGAUGGGGCGUUCCCUAUGUCGCUGUCAGUGCCACGGGACUUUUCGCCCUGUUAGCAUUCAUCUCCGUGAGAAUUUCGAGCUCCAUCACGACCACCUACUUCCUGCUCUUCGUGAACAGCUCCGGCUACCUGUCCUGGUUGGUAUCGUGUGUGAUAUUUCGAUAUCAUCGACAAAGUUCGGGACUCCGUCACAAUACCAACUCUUAUCAAUUUGCCAUUCAGCCGUUUGGGACAUAUUUCGGGGCUUUGAUGAGCGUGAUCUUGCUCAUGUCCAAUGGCUUGGCGGGAGGGAUAGGAGGUCCUCGUCCCGGUCCCCAAAUCGCAAGAAUUCUCGCUGCCUAUUGCAGCGUCCCUAUCUUCGCAAUCUUGUAUUUCGGGCAUCGGUUUCGAACGAUGGUGCCUUACCGGACAUCCCAUAGUGACCCGGGAGUGCACGGCGGCCACGAGCUCCGGCGUAAAACUGUCUUCCAAGUCUCCGAACCGCAGCAAGGAGGGUCUUCCCAAGUGGCUUCACCUGGAAUCGUCUAG